CAGUUUGCAGUCUAUCCGAAGGGGGUGGACAAGCAGUGAUGUCACACAGCUGAGGACACUCCCACUCAAUAUGGAGUCUGGAGAACGGCUGGCCUCGCCUUCCACCACCCCGGCCUCCGUCCACACCGCCACCUCUGCAUCGUCAUCUUCCUCCUCUUCCUGUUCCUCAUCCACAGCAGCCUCCAAUGUGAAGAGCAGCCUGAACCACGCAGCCACGGCCUCGCUCGGCACAUGCGGUCCAAUGUUUGGGUUGACUGGCGGAGACCAGCCCUUCAGCGUCAGCUCAGUGACCUCUCUGCCCAGUGCGUACCCGCUCAUGGCCCACCCAGCCUUUGGUCUGCUAUCACCGGUGACAGCCCGCCCAGAGUUUGGGGGUCUAGGAGGACUGGGGGUCUCUGCUGCCCUCGCAGCUCAUCCACAACUAGGGGCCUUCACAGAAUGGUGGAGAGCAGCAGAAGCACAUGGACGGAGUUCUCCAGCCUUCUUCCCACCUUUUCUGGGUCUGCCGCCUAUGUUUGCCCCGCCGCUUCACAACCAUGAGGCCAAUCCUUACACAUCCAAAACACCCAACAAGAGCAGUCAGGCCUCCAAAGGUGUGAAUGGAGCUGUGAAUGGUCGUUCACUGUCUCCAUCUGCGGCUAAAGGAGCGGUUUCGGCUUCUGCCUCCCCCUCCCCCGCGCUCCGGCCCCCUGAACACAGCCGGACACUCAACACCAAAGCCCGCGACCGCAAGGCCAGUCACCAUAGCAACAGCACAGGGGAGCUUCAGGAGAAACCCUCACAGAAACCUAAAGAGAAGAAAGCCCGUAAGAAGCAGGUAGAGGGGUCUGGCGUAAGCAAGAGUGAAUCUGGAUCAUCGCUGGAUACUGACAGCGACGGAGUGAGCAGCAGUGAUAUUGAUGAUCUUGGAGAGGAAGAAGAUGAUGAUGAUGACGAGGAAGAUGAGCAGAGUAAUGACAGUGAGGAGUCAGACUCAGAAAAGGAACGGCAGAAAAAAAAGAAAAUGAAAAUUGUGACGCCAAACUCUGGGCUCAGUAAGAAGGAAAAGACCAGGCUGUUGGAGGCCAAAGACUUCCAUGGAGGCCUGCUGGGCAGUGCACCUUUAGAGCCCUCUCCUCCAGUGCACCUGCAUCGCUCUCCACCUCCUCCAGGCCUGUCUCAACCCCCUCUGCUAUCUCUAUCGGGCAGCAGAGCCAGGGAAAGACCCCUCCACACCAGUGUCAUCCAGUCCACUGGCCUGGCUGCAGGCGCUAAACCGUUAGCGCUAAUCGCACAGUCACGUAGAGACAUUUCUCCUAAACAUUCUCCACAGCAUCGCACCUCCUCUCCAAAAACCGCAUCAGCCACUACCAAGCCCCUCACUUCCUCACCUCAGCCCCUCCCCCCCAAACCGCCCCCUCUCACCCCUUCCCUCAAAGCGCAGUCUCGAGCUUCCUCCCGCAAGUCCCAAUCUCCAGCGCUGGACGCUCUGACCAGCAGGAAGAUUCUGGAAAGUUCUCUGGCACAAGUCACUGCUGACUACAGGCUGAAACAGGUGAGUAGACAGUCUGCCACGGUCUGGCAGGAGAAAUGUGAGACUGUUCAUCCUUCAAGUCCAUACAUUAAUCUCGCUUUUCCCUCAAGGCCGGUGUCCACAUUUUAA